CACAGAUCGAGUCAAGGGGGCAGGCGGGAACAACAUGAGGGACAGAUCCACCAUCAAGCGUCUGAAUAUGUACAGACAAAAACAAAGAUGUAACAAACAAGGGAAAGUGAUUAAACCUCUACAGUACCAGUCUACUGUAACUCCAGGAACAGUCGCCAGAGUUGAACCCAACAUCAAAUGGUUUGCAAACACUCGAGUGAUAAAGCAGUCAUCCCUGCAGAAGUUCCAAGAAGAGAUGGGGGCGGUGCAGAAGGAUCCAUAUCGUGUGGUGAUGAGGCAAAGCAAACUGCCCAUGUCUCUUCUCCAUGACAGAGUCAAAGCUCAU